GCUCAGCGGCGGCGAUUGUUUGUGUCUACAAUACGCGGUGGUCAAGGGGAGUCGUCUCAGAUCCCAAUCGGAGCUUGAGGGUUUGAGCUGCUACAAUCGAUUUGAGACUCUCACCAGCUCGAUACGAAUUUGGAUUUGUCAAUUCGAAGAAAUCAAAGGAGAAGAGGAUGGGGAAGAAGCAGCAUAGCAAGGAUCGAAUGUUCAUAACGAAGACGGAGUGGGCAACGGAAUGGGGAGGCGCUAAAUCCAAAGAGAAUCGCACUCCUUUCAAGAGCCUUCCUUUCUACUGCUGCGCGCUUACGUUUCUGCCGUUCGAGGAUCCUGUGUGUACAACCGACGGCAGCGUUUUCGAGCUAACGUCAGUAGUUUCUUACUCUUUUUUAACAUUAGACCUUACCUUGAUUCUCAAUUUGGGUGAGAAUUGCAGAACGAUAGUGCCUUACAUUAGGAAGUUCGGAAAGCAUCCAGUUACAGGAGCGCCUUUGAAAGGAGAUGAUCUUAUUCCUCUCGUCUUUCACAAGAACUCUGAAGGAGAGUUUCAUUGCCCUGUUCUCAACAAAGUCUUCACUGAGUUUACUCAUAUUGUUGCUGUUAAGACUACCGGAAAUGUGUUCUGCUACGAGGCAAUCAAAGAGUUGAAUAUCAAAACCAAGAAUUGGAAGGAGCUUUUGACUGAAGAGCCAUUCACAAGAGCUGAUCUUAUAACUAUUCAAAAUCCUAAUGCAGUUGACAGUAAAAUAACGGUGGAAUUUGAUCAUGUUAAAAACGGCCUGAAGCUUGAAGAUGAAGAAUUGAAGAAGAUGAACUCAGACCCGGCUUAUAAUAUAAACGCCUCUGGAGAUAUCAAGCAUAUGCUUGCAGAUCUUGGAACUGACAAGGCCAAGGAGAUUGCUUUACACGGUGGUGGUGGAAACAAGGCCCGUAAUGAAAGAGCCGCUGCUAUUGCUGCCAUUCUAGAGUCGAGGUCGAAAAUCAAAGAGAGUUCUAAAGCAGACGAACCUAAGCAGACUUACAGUGUUGUGGAUGCUGCAUCUGCUUCGGUUCAUGGAAGAAGUGCUGCUGCAGCUAAAGCUGGGUCCAGUGAUAAAACAGCUGCAAGAAUAGCUAUGCAUAUGUCUGGAGACAGAGCACCUAUUAAUACUAAAAUGGUGAAGAGCCGUUAUUCUUCAGGUGCUGCUUCUCGUUCUUUCACUUCCACUGCGUUUACACCUGUAACCGAAAACGAUUUCGAAUUAAUCAAAGUUGAGAAGAACCCAACGAAGAAAGGGUAUGUUCAGUUUCGCACAACGCAUGGGGAUUUGAACAUUGAGCUCCACUGCGAUAUAGCUCCUAGAGCAUGUGAGAAUUUCAUCACUCUUUGUGAACGAGGUUACUACAAUGGAGUGGCCUUUCACAGAAGCAUCAGGAACUUCAUGAUCCAAGGUGGCGACCCAACUGGCACAGGAAAAGGAGGUGAAUCCAUUUGGGGAAAGCCAUUCAAAGACGAGCCUAACUCGAAGCAGCUUCACUCGGGAAGAGGCGUGGUUAGUAUGGCUAAUAGUGGUCCUCACACGAAUGGUUCUCAGUUUUUCAUCUUAUACAAAUCAGCAACCCAUUUGAACUACAAGCACACAGUGUUUGGUGGAGUUGUUGGUGGUUUGUCAACACUAGCAGCAAUGGAGAGUGUACCUGUAGAUGAAACCGACCGUCCUCUUGAGGAGAUUAAGAUAAUCGAGGCAAAUGUGUUUGUAAAUCCAUACACAGAACCUGAUGAAGAGGAAGAAGAGAAAGAGAAAGCUGAGAAGGAGAAGAACGAAGACAAAGACAUUGAGAAGGUCGGGUCGUGGUACAGCAACCCAGGAUCAGGUACAGCAGAAGGUGGAGCCGGUACUGGUGGCGUCGGGAAAUACUUGAAAGCUAAGAGUAAUGCAGCUACUAAGGACACUAGUGGUGCCACAGACUCUGAUAUUGCAGCCACUGGAGUGUCUAAGAAAAGAAAAACAACUUCUGCUUCAGCCUCCACAGGGUUUAAAGAUUUCUCUGGCUGGUAGGUGAAGAAAAACAUUCUCUACCAACUUUGUAAAACUGUUCACUUGUCUUUUGAUAGAGCCCAAACCACAAAUGAAUUGUUGUAUGUGAAUCUUUGAUGAUCAAAAGCUGAAGCUGAGUGAUAAAAUAUAAUAUGGGGUUAGAUAAGUUUAA